CCUACCACCAAGAAGCAAGCGAUAUAAGGGUAUCAUGUGAAAUCUGAUUGGUUUUUUUUUCUUUGAAUAUGAAUGAAUUCAACAGAUAGUUCUCAAACAAUCUUUGACUGUCAUAUGGAGUAUCUACUACCACUUCCAUCAUUUAGAUCAUGACGGCAUAAGAACGGUCCGAUGCAAUCAAAACUGUACAUAUACAUAUACACAUCAGAAAGAUGACAAUGAUCUCCGACCCAACAGACCUUACGGGCACCGAGGCCGAACAGCAACCACUCCUUCAAGAUGUACGGAAUGUUUACCAAGCGGAAGGUGAACAUGAUGAUUCAGAACUGGCCUCUCCGCCGGACGAGCCCCUCGCGUUCAAGAUUGCUGCGGUCAUGUACUGUUGGUUUGUGACAGGAAUGCAUGUUGCUUCUAUUGGAGCUCUUCUUCCACUGAUUGAAUCCUACUACAACAUCAAAGAUGCCACAGCUGCUCUCAUCUUCCCCGUUGGUGUUUCGGGCUACCUCAUCGCAAAUUCCCUCGUACACCUGGUCCACAUCAAACUUGGCCGCAGAGGAAUAGUGAUCCUCGCCACCCUCCCGCAUGUCCUCGGAGGCUUACUACUCUCCACCAAGCCAACUUAUCCGUUCCUGCUCACGGCUUAUUUCGUCGUCGGACUCGGGACGGGGUUCUCAGACUCCACUUUCUGUACCUGGGCGGCCAUCGUUCGGGGACCCAACAAGGUCUCAGGGCUCAUUCAUGGGUCCUACGCUUUUGGAUGCGUCAUGGGCCCUAUUGUCGUGGCCGCUCUCGAGAGGGUCGGUCUCGGAUGGCAAUAUUUCUACCUUGUCAUGUUGGUUGUCUUCUCUCUGGAGGCUUGCGCCUUGGUCUUGGCGUUCCGACACGACGACGCCGCCACAUACCACUCCAAAAUAACCCAGAAGCAAGAUCUCGUCGACGGCGGCGGCGGCUUCGCUGGAUGUAAAAAAGUAAUCUUCGUGUGUGGUCUAUUCUUCUUUGUCAACGUCGGUAUUGAAACAUCUCUGAGCGGCUGGUUGACGAGUUACAUGACCCGGUCCCGACGCACGACCCCGUCGGUCGCGGCCCUGGCCACUUCGCUCUUCUGGGCAGGCAUGGUCCUGGGUCGAUUCUGUCUGGGACCAUUGACCAGAAUCGCCCGGCUCCGGGUCGUCGUGGUCCUGCUCAUCUGCGCGUUGAUCACGCUGCAGCUCCUGUUCAGACUCGAAGCGGCCCCCCUGGCCUUGUCGCUGUGCCUCGCGACCGGCAUCGGUUUCUCCUCGGGCCCGCUGUUCCCUUCCGCCGUCUUGACCAUGACGGCCAAACUGCCCGACGACGUCCACGUCCGUGCCGUCGCCCUCACCUGCGCGAUCGGCCAACUGGGUGGCGCCGGCGCACCCUUCAUCAUCGGCGUCAUCGCGCAACGAUCGGGGAUCGAGCGCCUGUUCGACGUGGUGCUGGGCCUUUCCAUUGCCCUGCUGUUGAUUUGGCUGUUUUUUUCCCGAGCGUGAAAACUCCCCGACCCUGAUUGUUUCAUCACAUCACGUCGGGAGUAUGUAUUCGUCGGAGACGAGGGUUCGGUGACCCAAACUGUCGUGUUACACCAAUCCAUAUCGUACAUAGAAAACCACACAGACCGCAAAUGGCAAUUUCGUCACUCGCCUUCGG